AUGAAAAUCCACCAUGCGCUGAGUGUUGAGGACAACCUGCUGCAGCCGUGCAGGAAGCUCCUAGCCUUUGCUGGAUGUGUGUGUCUCAGGGUGACAUGCCCGGCUCAGCCUAGGUACGGUUACCGUGCCAGCUCCCAGAGGACCUCAGUGUAUGCCUGUCUGACCGGGGCCCUGCUGGAGGCCACCGCCGCCCUCGGGGCCCGCAGCACUCUGCCCAGUGUAACCGUUGGCUCCACUGGACACGCCAUGCUCAAAGAGCGUCAGCUGUGCAGCAACAUGUCGGCGUGCAGCGCGGUCCCGUCCAACGUGACGGGCAUCAGCAAGGAGCUGGUCGAGCUGCGUCACCUGAUCCAGUUCCCCGAGGAGAUCGCCAGCAUCCUGACGGAGCAGGAGCAGCAGCUGUACCGCCGCAUCUUCCCCCUGGACUACAUCUGUUUCUUCACCAGGGACCUGGGCAGCCCCGACUGCAGCAGGCGCCUGCACCCCAGCCUCAAGGCCUCGCUGUCGGCCCCGGCCAUGCCCAUACAGACCCAGAGGAACACUGUGGAGGACCUGGUCACACGGUUCAAUGAGGUGAGCUCGUGGGUGACCUGGUUGAUCCUGACUGCGAGUUCAAUGGAGGAGAAGAGAGCGGUGUUCUCCUAUCUGGUCCACGUGGCCAAGUGCUGCUGGAACAUGGGCAACUACAACGCCGUAAUGGAGUUCCUGGCUGGACUACGGUCUCGUAAAGUACUGAAGAUGUGGCAGUUCAUGGAGCAGUCGGACAUUGAGACCAUGCGCAGACUGAAAGAUGCCAUGGCGCAGCACGAGUCUUCGUCCGAGUACAAGAAAGUGUUGAACCGUGCCCUUAACAUCCCAGGGUGCAAGGUAGUGCCCUUCUGUGGCGUCUUCCUCAAAGAGCUGAGUGACGCGCUGGACGGGGCCGCCAGCAUUAUCAGCCUGCGCCACUCAACGCACGACUCGCCAGAGGACUCACUAGAGUUUGUGGGGGACUACGGCGGGCAGCAGCACUUCCUGCAGAGGGCGGGGCCAGACGGGCUGCACAGCCAGGAGAAGGAAGCCACGGUCAGCAACAUCCUGCAGAUCAUCCGCUCCUGCAACCGCAGUCUGGAGAUGGAGGAGGGAGAGGAGGGCCACCACGAAGGCUCCUCCAGCUCCUGCAAAAAGACAUUCAUGGACAGGAACAGGAACCAGUUUGUGGUGGGAGACCUGUCAGACUCUGAGGGAGAUCUGUCUGAGCUGGCUAAAGAGGUGGAAUUCCAGGGCACUGAGGAGACCCACCGGGCCUUCGGCCACGGCACGGAGCUCAUCCCCUGGUACGUGCUCUCCCUCCAGCCUGACGUCCACCAGUUCCUCCUGCAGGGAGCCACCGUCAUCCAUUACGACCAGGAGAACCACCUCACCGCUCGCUGCCUCCUCCGCCUGCAGCCCGACAACUGCAUCCUGACCUGGGCUAAUCCCCAGAGCGGCAGCCCCCCCGCGGAGCCCCCAGGCCUGGGUCAACCUGUAGUGAACAGCCUGUCGGAGGGUCUGCUGGACCUCUCGGUGGUCAAGGCUGUGUUCCUGGGCCACUCCGGGGUGGACUUGCAUGCUGUGUGUCUGCAGAACAAGCUGUGUCACACCAUGAGGGCUGAGGAGAAUGGGGUCAGUCUGCUUUACGGGCUCCAUACUACAGACAACAGGCUGCUGCACUUUGUGGCCCCCAAGCACACAGCCCGCAUGCUGCAUGAGGGACUGGUGGAGCUGGUCAACGCCAUGAGGAAGCUGAAGAAGUUCCCUGAUCAGAGACUGCACUGGCUCAGGAGGCAGUACGUCAGCCUCUAUCAGGAGGAGGGCAGGUACGAGGGUCCCACUCUUGCUCAGGCUAUAGAGCUGUUUGGGGGCCGGCGCUGGAACAUGGGCUCAGGGGGCACAGAGAAGCCCGGCGCUCAGAAGCACAACUCCAUCUCUACCACCAAGAAGAAGAAGAAGGCUCUCACCAGGGGAGAUAGCGGGGACGCUACCGAUGACGAGAUAUUCCAACGGAAAACCAAGAGCUGCAAGGACACCCUGUGCAGGAACAGGCCGGAGCUGUGUGACGGCAUGGACCAGGAAGGGCUAGAGGACGGCUUCCCUGGACCCUUCUCCCUGUCGAGCUGUAAGACCCCGGGUUCCUCCUCCUCUUCCUCUUCCUCCAGUAUGGGCAGCUCCAACCCCUCCCGUCCUCUCUCCUCCCCCGUCCUGUCAGGCAGCACCAAGGCCCAGCCAGGUGCGUGGAGCAGCAGGAGCUGGCACGGCCGGGGGAAGGGCUGCUUCAAGGGCUUCCAGAACCUCAUGAUCUCUGGCAGCACCAUGAGUUUCAUCGAGUUCGUUGAGCUCUUCAAGUCUUUCAGCAUUCGGAGCCGUAAAGACCUGAAGGAGCUGUUUGACACCUACGCUGUUCCCUGCAGUCGCUCCGGCACGGAGUCUGCCCCCCUCUACACCAACCUGAGGAUCGACGACAAGGACACGGGACUGCAGCCUGACCUAGACUUGCUGACCCGUAACGGUUCGGACCUGGGCCUCUUAAUCCGAACACGGCAGCAGAUGUCGGACAACCAGAAGCAGAUCUCGGACGCCAUUGCGGCAGCCAGCAUCGUGACCAAUGGGACGGGCGUGGAGAACGCCUCUUUAGGGGUGCUGGGGCUGGCCAUCCCACAGCUCAACGACUUCUUGGUCAACUGCCAGCGGGAACACCUGACCUACGACGAGAUCCUCAGCGUCAUCCAGAAAUUUGAGCCGUGCAUAAGCAUGCGUCAGAUGGGUUGGAUGUCCUUCGAAGGUUUUGCCAGGUUUUUAAUGGACAAGGACAACUUUGCGUCUAAGAACGAGGAGUCUCAGGUGAACACGGAGGAGCUCCAGUGUCCCAUGUCUUACUACUACAUAGAGUCCUCUCACAACACGUACCUCACUGGACACCAGCUCAAAGGAGAGUCCUCUGUAGAGCUCUACAGCCAGGUGCUGCUGCAGGGCUGCAGGAGUGUGGAGCUGGACUGUUGGGAUGGAGACGACGGAUCACCCAUUAUCUACCAUGGGCACACCCUCACCACCAAGAUCCCCUUCAAGGAUGUGGUGGAGGCGGUCAAUCGCACUGCUUUCGUCAACUCAGACAUGCCGGUCAUCCUGUCCAUUGAGAACCACUGCUCUCUACCCCAGCAACGCAAAAUGGCUGAAAUCUUCAAGACUGUGUUCGGAGACAAGCUGGUGACCAAAUUCCUGUUUGAGAGCGAUUUCUCUGAUGACCCUCUGCUGCCCUCCCCGCUGCAACUGAAGGGAAAGAUCCUCCUCAAGAACAAGAAGCUGAAAGCACACCAGGCUCCUGUCGACAUUGUCAAACAGAAGGCUCACCAGCUGGCCCACAUCCAGGCCCAGGCCAGCAACGGGGUACCGGCUGGCAGCUCACCUGGUAACCACGAUGAUGAUGAAGAGGAGGAAGACGAGUACGACGAUGACUAUGAAUCCCUGUCUGAUGAUAACAUCCUAGAUGAUAAACCAGACGGGAAGUCCUCAGGUGACAAGGAUGAUCAUCCCAUCAUUGAUGAGAUGCCCAAGAGGAUGAGGAAAGCAGACAAUGCUGUAACCCAGAGCAAAGGGAAGGUAUUUGACAUGGAGCUGGGAGAAGAGUUCUAUCUCCCCCAGAACAAGAAGGAGAGUCGACAGAUCGCUCAGGAACUCUCUGACCUCGUCAUCUACUGCCAGGCUGUCAAGUUCCCUGGCCUCUCCACCCUCUCUCCUUCGGCCUCUGGCAGAAGAAAAGACAGAAAGAGCAGGAAGUCCAUCUUUGGCACGGUUCCUGGUCGUAGCGGAGGCAGCCCCGGGGAGGCGGUGACGCUGGGCCGGACCCCAGGGAAGGGUGGCGUGGAGGCCAUGCGUCUGGGCUGGGAGGAGCAGACGUCGCCCGUACUCAGCCCCAGCGCGUCACUGAGCGCCAUCAUCCGCACUCCCAAGUGCUACCACAUCUCCUCGGUGAACGAGAACGCUGCCAAGCGCCUCUGCCGCCGCUUCUCCCGGAAGCUGAUCCAGCACACCACCUGCCAGCUGCUAAGGACCUACCCGGCCGCCACGCGCAUCGACUCAGCCAACCCCAACCCUCUGCCCUUCUGGCUACACGGCAUGCAAGUGGUGGCCCUCAAUUAUCAGACUGACGACCUGCCCAUGCAGUUGAACACAGCUCUGUUUGAAGCAAAUGGGCAUUGUGGUUACGUCCUGAAACCUCCAGUGCUGUGGGAUCGCUGCUGCCCCCUCUACCAGCAACUCUGCCCCCUGGAGAGAGAUGUAGAGAGCAUGAGCCCAACACUCUAUUCUCUGACGAUUGUGUCGGGGCAGAACGUGUGCCCUGCCAACAGCGCGGGCAGCCCCUGUGUGGAGGUGGACGUGCUGGGCAUGCCCGUGGACUGCUGCCACUUCCGCACCAAGCCCAUCCACCGCAACACGCUCAACCCCAUGUGGUCAGAGCACUUCCUGUUCCACGUGCACUUUGAGGACGCCUGCUUCCUGCGCAUCGCUGUGGUUGAGAAUAACAGCUCUCAGACCACCGCUCAAAGGACGCUGCCUCUACGGGCCCUCAAACCAGGCUACAGACACAUCCAGCUGAGGACGCAGCACAACGAGCCCCUGGAGGUGUCCAGUCUGUUUGUCUACAGCCGCAGACUAGAGGAGAGCCCCACCGGCACAGCCCUGCCUGCUGCUAUGCUGUUCAGUUCUGAGGAGCGGAGGACAGCCCAGCAGCACCAGGUGACAGUCCAUGGUGUCCCAGGUCCAGAGCCUUUCACUGUGGUGUCUGUGAAGCAGCAGACCACCGUCAGACAGCUACUGGACGCGUUACCGACGUCUACAGAAGGUGCCGGGGAGUACUUCCUGUGUGAGGAGAAGGUGCCUCUGGCGAAGGAGCGCAGUGACAGUAAGAGGUGUCCUCAGCAGCGCCCCCUAGCCUCCGAGGAGGAGAUCGUCAGGGUGGUCAACAGCUGGCAGCCUGAAGAGGGAUAUGUGGGCAGAAUCUACCUUAAAACCAAGGAAGAGAACCUGAACUAUAAGAACAGAGUGGUGGAGAGAGUGGAGGAGGGCGUGGAGAGGGUGGUAGCAGGGGAGGACGACACCUUCUUCGUCCAGGUGCACGACGUGUCCCCAGAACAACCUCACACAGUCAUCAAAGCCCCUCGAUACAGCACGGCGCAGGACAUCAUCCAGCAGACGCUGAGCAAAGCCAAGUACUCUCUGAGUAUUCUGAGCAACACUAACCCCAGUGACUAUGUGUUGGUGGAGGAGGUGUCGAAGGAGGCCAGCAGUAAGAAGUCUUCUCAAGCUAAGCCCUUCCAGAGGGUCCUCCUGGACCAGGAGUGUGUCUACGAGGUCCAGGGGCGCUGGAGGGGCGCAGGGAAGUUCCUCCUCAAGCUCAAAGAACAGAUGGCCCGUGAGGACAAGAGGAAGGGCAUCUCGUUUGCCAGCGAGCUGAAGAAGCUGACGUGUCGCAGCCGGAGCAUCCCGGCCCCAGCCGCCCAGGAGAGCAGUCACAGUAAGGAUGAAAACUGCAGGGCAGCAUGCAAUGUGCCUCUGACUGAGACCCGUGAGUGAGAGACGUUCGGUCGGCAGUGUGUGCAUAGAGUCCCCAGAAGGGUCUCUCUCUGCAGGACUCAAGGCCUGGGUGAUGGAGGGCCGGGCUGAGGCAGAGAGGCUCCUCCUGGGGGGCGGGGCCCACACUGGGUAUGUGACCCCUUCUACUUGGUCCCUCCCUCUGCUGAGGAACUGGAAGAUCCACAAAUGAAGCUAGGUCCCCUCCACCACCCUAGAGAGCACCUGUGUUCCUGAACACACCAUGAUGAGUUGAGUUACUCCCUCCCAUGAGUGAAGAGCUUCCCCCAGAAAGUCCCACCCUGACUGGCUGGUUGAUUUGGAAUGGCGGCUCCAAGUGAAGGAAGACCUCGUCAUCUACAGGGUCGUUAGCCGUCCCCCCCUCUACCUGGGUCGUAUUCAUUAGGGUACGCUGUAGCGGAAUAUUUUGCAACGGAAAAUUAAACAAAUGUUUCUUACUGGACAAGUUUAGGUAGUCCCUCUGGUUUUCUUCCGUUUGAUGCCCAAUGAAUACACCCUUAAAGUGACGCCCAGGGACGAGGUAGCAAUGUUGAGGGGACAGAUACUGGAUGUAGCAGCCAGCCUAACCCGGUUCAGCCUGGUUUCUUUGAGAAUGAAUACCCACAGCUGAGUCAUGCCCUUACUGUAGGCUGGUGUUGAAUGGCUGCAUUGAAUCCAGACAGCGUAUGUAGUUGUGGUGCGGGAGGCAGCUAUAACUGCGGCUCGCAGCCUUUCUCCUGCUAAGAAUGAGGACAUUGUGAAUGUGGCCAACAAGCUGGCUUGUUGUAUGAUUCCCUUUGUGCCCCAGUUUUCACAGUACUGUAAUUUCUAACACAUAGUUGUGUAUUUGAAGAUGUUCAGUGUUUUGCACGUGGUUGUCUUGCUGUUACGCUCAGUACUUGCUCUCUCUACUUUGAGAGUGAGUCAUUGUAUGAUAUGAAGUUGAGGUCACCUUGAAUGGAUUUCCACCUAAAUGUGAUUUUGGGUUUCAAAUUCAAACUUCAUCAGGUCAAAGUUGAGAACCACCAUCACCUCUUGAAUGUCAAACGCAAGAGAGCUUUUCGAAUCCCCAGAUAUAAUUAUUUUCGUAAAACAUAAAAAUCUCAAGUGUAGUUUGAAUGUAAUGUUAUUGAUUUCUUUCUAUUGGAGCACACAUAACUAGCAUAACAAGGUCAGUACAGGGUUUUAGAGUUUUCUGAUAUUCUUCCCAAUUUAUUGAUUGGCAUAUUGAUUGCAGACCCUCAGCAUUAUCUAGUAACAUUUGUUUGAAUGGUUUGUUGAUGAAAUUGAUUAAAGUAGUAAACUGUAGUCUACUAAUGGCGCUCGUCAAUCUGGAUUGCUGAAGCGUUAGAUUGCGAGAUCGAAAUUGAAACGUCCUUUCGCUAACACGUGAACAUUGCCUUUUUAAAUUUCAGUCACGCUGAUCUUCCGCGAUACGGAUUGACUAGAACCCUCAAGUGUUUUAACCUAUGUCCAUUUCAAUCAGUUGUCAGAAACUUUGUUUAAUUGGGGCCAUGUUGUUUCCGUCCUUUGUUUGGACUGUGGAUCACUGUGUGUGAGACAUGUAUAACAAAGUCAUUGUUUGUAGUUUUUCCAACUUAGUAUAUGUUCAUGUUUUAAACUAUGAAGGUUUGGCAUUUUCUAAUUCAUUCUUUAUGUUGUACUUUGUGUGUGUAUCUUGUCUUGUUGGUACUGCCCAGAUGUCCACUUCCUCAGGGCAUUACAGAUCUAGAUACAUAUUUCAGCCUCUCCCCUGGGUCCAUACAAUCUCACAGCAGGCAAAAGGAUGGGCUUUUAUGCAGCCUCUGUAUGAGAUCUGUAGAUGAUACAGUACUUAAAUGUCCAAUAUCAACAAAUUAGCAACCAAUCAACUACAACUUUUCAUCAUGACAAUAUUAUGGAAAAAGUAUCAACAGACUGCAUUAUAACUAUAAUUUUUUACCGAGGUUUUUCUUUUGGUAUGUUUUGUCACCCAAGGGACCUUUUUAUUUUGAAAAAAGAUAUUGUUUUAAUUUGACUUGGUUGACUAUGGCCGCUGGCUCUUCAUUCAGUUUUGAGUAAUCGAAUCCAAACAGUAAUUUGACCUUAUGAGGAUUGUAAUGCCGAUGACAUUUGGCUGACAAUGUAAUAGCAAACUACCAUCUCUUCCCUGUUUGCUUUUGAAGGGGUCAAAUUUCUUUCUCUGAACAUUUAGACCCGAGUUGUAAUAUAACAUGAAUAUUGUUGUCGAGAUGUUUGUAUAUUAUAUUUAUUUGAUUGUGUAUCCCUGGUUGGUUCUUUCCUUUAUUAGUUUGUGUACAAAGCUCUUAUCGAGUUUUUCCUGCAAGUAGAAAAAAUAUUUGAAUUGUCUUAAUUUAUUUGAAGGUGUAGAGGAAAAAUGCUUUCACUGCUGUGACUAACUUUAUAUUUGUAAUUGAAAUAUGUACUUUUAACAUGGAGGCUUUAAUAUAUAGCUAGUAUUAGUCAUUCUGCUGCACACUGUUUGUGUGCUUUAUGCUUUUCAUGUAAUGUUUAUUAACGUUAAUGCUGAACAUUUAACGUUUGUCAAGUUGUGUCAAGCGCAUACCGUUAUGGUAAAUUUGAUUUCAGCGACUUAACAAUUCUGCAUAUCAGAGUUGAAUUAUGGAAGACAUUUCCACAUUUUAUGUUUUUAGCUCUUGGAGUCUCUCCCCCAUGAUGAAUGUCAUAGUAACGUGUUCACUUCAUGUGAUGUGACCGUCAGUGGACUACUGUCUUAAUUACUUGGACUAUUAAUUGUUCUAUAUUAUGACCACAAUAAAUACAUUAGUCAUAUUUCAUGUUUGGAUUACUUGGUCUAGUAAAAGGCAUAAACUGACGCACACCCCAAAAAUGUUUUGUAGAGGAGCUGAUUAUUGGAGAGUAAACUAUAAAGUUGUACACUAUGCUCCCAAACAUUUUAGUGGGUAUAGCAACCUACAGUGCUGUUAAAGUAUUCACACCUUGACUUUUACAUUUGGUUACAGCCUGAAUUUAUAAUUGAUUAUUUUGUCACUGGCCUACACACAA